AAUCAUAGCUCCGGCUGUCAGUGCUGAAUUCGAAAUGGAAUUUAGCUUCUUUAUUAAAUUCCUCAUAGGAGCGUUUUUUCUAUUUCUCAUGGGAUUCAUCAACUGCCACAGCAUCAAGACCUACGCAGUCACCCAGGACUUUAUUGUGGUUUUGAAGAUGAUGCUCUGUCUCUCACUGAUUCUGACUGGAGCCUACACGUUCUUAUCAGAACAAGCCAUAGAAGUUGACAUGGGGUUUCAGAAUACUACAUUGGAGCUGGCCAAUUUACCGUUUGUGCUGUAUACUGGGCUUUAUGCAUAUGACGGCGCGGCUACAAUAACAGGAGCUUUAGAAGAGAUUGAGAAUCCUGAUAGAACAGUUCUAAGAAGUCUUAUUACGGGUCAUGUAAUAAUAUCAGCUUCUUACUUUUUCCUGAACCUUUCUUUUCUGAGUGUCCUGACCCCUACGGAAAUUGUGUCAAGUAAUGCAGUUGCUCAGAUAUUUACUGAUAAACUGUUUGGUCCAAGAGUGGCGUUCUUUGUAUCAGUCUGUGUGUCGCUAAGCACGGUUGGAGGGAAUUUGGCCAACAUCUUUUAUUCCGCGAGAUUGGGUUAUGCAGCGGCGAAAGAAGGUCACAUGCUACAGUUUCUGUGCUACAUUCAUAAGACCAGACUAACCCCAACACCUGCAGUCAUUUUCCAGGUUACACUUUCAAUGGUAUUUUUCCUGAUCGGAAAGAAGACAGAAAACUUGGUGAAUGCCUAUUCCUUUGUCCUAUGGGUAUUUUACGGCUUCACAAUGGCAGCUCUGAUGAUCCUACGGGUUAAAAAGCCAGACGCACAUCGUCCUUUCAAACCAAAAUCACGAAAAAUCUGGAAAAAUGGUUGGAUGUAGUUCCUCCGUCUCAGUAAAGCAAGAAAUCGGCUACACCUUUUGUAAAAUAAAAUGUGUUCUGUUACCAGUAAUUAGUAAGUCAA